AUGGCUUACAGACUUCAGUCCUGCUUCAAUACCAUCCUCUUCACUUCUAUCAUCCUGUUCGCUUUUAUUACCCUCCCCUUGACCAUUCUCGCAGCGCCGACCUACUCCCUCAACAUCCGCAAUAAUGGCGCAACGACAGCUUUCACUGAUCCGGUGACCAACAUCUCCUUCCAGCGCUUCUUCGGCGCCAAGUCCGCCUUCGCCUUCGGCAUCGCCCUCCCCCAGAACCCCAACGACUCCUUCAUCGGCCAAAUGUCCUUCCCGCUAGGCAGCGGCGCGGCUGGCUGGGGCGGCUGGUCCCUGACCAGCGACAUGGAGGGCCCGCUCCUCAUGGCGGCUUGGGCGUCGCCUGACGGCAAGGUGCUCUCCUCGUUCCGCCAGGCCGCUAACGAAGACGAAAACCCGCCCGAGGUGACGGGCAAGUUCAACGUGCGGCCCAUAGCUAGGGGGACGUCAGUCAAUGGCAGCUUCCUGACGUACACAUUCCUGUGCCAGGGGUGUUUGGACGCCAGUUUCGGGUUGGGCGCUGCGGAUACGGCGGGCACGUUCGAAAUGGGAUGGGCGCUGGGCAACAAGGCGGUCGGGAACCCGGGGAGCUCUGCCGCGGUGCUCAACUUCCACAACGUGGGCUUCGACGGCUUCGAUGCCGACCUUCAAGCCGCGCGGUUCGCAGACUUUGAAACCUGGGCCGCCCUCGCAGCACCAACGCCGCUGGCCCCGUCCGCGGGCGCCACGGCGUUUAGCCCUGGCAAAGGUGGCGACGACGACGAUGACGACGACAACGAUAAGAAGAAGAAGAAGAAGGGCGGAGACAAGAAGAGUGGAGGCGAUGGAGACGAUAGCGAUGAUGAAGAUGAUUGA